UUCUGUGGACGAUGCCAGGCCUAUUGCACGGGAAAUAUUGACUCGACGUAUCUUAAAUAGAUAUAUUCCUCUUUCUAAAACUAACAAAACACCAGAUCAAUUUGCUGGGGGUGGGUUAAUUCGAUUCGAACAAAUAGAAAAUACCCCAAACGGAUACCUCGUUGCGCCAUACAUCUGGCUCUGGAUAUUUGUAGAGUUAUCUCAACAGCAAGGAGAUCCAAUACUUCGAGAUUGUGAGUUCGCUGAUUAUGGAGAAACAAAGAGCACUCUUGAAUUCACUGUGAUUGAAGAAGAUGAGUUAGUAACGAUCUCAGAUGUUCACGCGGGAGCACGUUUGAAUGGUGAUAUGCAAUUUAAAAACCACAAUCUACAACUUGAAAUUGCAAAACAUUAUACAGACACAAGAUCUAAAAAUAUCACUGCAAGCGAAUGGAAUGUUGAUUGCAGUAAUUCUACCGUUGAUGUCCGGCAAUUCAAACAUUGUAUAAUUAAUGCCCCUGCUUCACCAUAUGGAGAUUCCUUCCUUUCAUUAGAUCGACCGGGUACCGAGAAUUCGAAUGAAAUUCACCAAUUUAAAUUGCGGGAAAAAGCAGUCAGUAAAAAGGAGUACCAGGAAGAGCGUGAAAAAUCUGCAUCGGAAAAUGAUUUUUUUAUCCUCUUUACAACUGCAAAUUGUAAUGCUGAAAUUCCGAAAAGGUCUGGAAUCGUAGUUAUAAAUGCUUUUACGAACUAUUUUGGACCAUUUGCUGGAAGAGCAUACAAAUCUAUCCGUAAUAAUAAAGUCAAAACCAUUCAUACCGUUUCUCUUGGGCAAAUAUGCAACAUGGAUCAAAUUAGCAAAGAACGAGUGAAUGUAAAAACAAAGAGAUCAAUGAAGAAUUUUUAUUUCCGAAAAGGACUUCACAUGAUUUCUCGCAUUUUGCCUCGAUUCAUGUGA